AUGGCUCGUUUUCAAUACCCUUCCGCGUUCCUCACCCUCUUUUUGGCCGCUUUUCCCUCCAGAACUUCCGCCUCGCCCAUAUCACACCUUUAUAAACGCGACAUGGGCACCGGUGCCAAAGCUGGUCUCGGUGUCGGUAUCGCUGUUGCGGCCCUCCUCCUCGUGGGCCUCAUCACCUUCUUCAUCAUCCAUUUCCGCCGCUCUCGACAUCUAGCCGCCCUCAACAAAGAACGCGCCAUUCUCGCGGGCGAGAAGAACGAGGAUGGCACCGACAAACCCGACAAAUUCGCCGAGAACCCGCCUCAGAACUCAGGAAUGCCUCGACGAAACAAGUCGGUCAAGGAUCGCCUCAUGGGACCACUGUACCGGGGCAGCACCAUUGACAUGAUGCCCAUUCCCAAGGCCCACUUCAACCCAAACCGAAGCAGCACCGCCACGACACAGACUGCUCACUGGGAUAACAUCGACGGUCAACCUUUCCUCCACAAACCCUGGGCCGGCGGCGAGAGCUCCCCUCGACCGAGCUUCAGCAGCAAGCGAGCCACCAGAAUGAUGAUGAUGAUGUAA